AUGACAUCUCAGAUAGCAUUGGCUGUAACGCUCUCCGUUCUUAUACUCCUCACUGUCAGUGGAAAUAUUUUGGUUUGUCUGGCUGUGUACGCGACUAGACGCCUACGUAACGUUACCAACUGUUACAUUGUCUCGCUAGCGAUUACAGACUCUCUACUGAGCGCUCUCGUGCUGCCGUUUUCCACCCUUUACCAAGUUACGGGCGAUUGGCCACUGGGGGCGCACUUCUGCAACAUCUACAUCUCCCUGGAUGUCAUGUUAUGCACUGCCUCCAUACUCAAUCUCUUUGCUAUCAGCUUGGACCGCUACUUUGCGGUCACUGCCCCAUUGCGUUAUCCAAUGCUAGUGCUUCCGUGGAGAGUUGGUGCGGUUUUAGCGACAAUCUGGCUGGUUUCGUUGGGCGUUUCAUUUGUACCUAUCCACCUAGGCUGGAAUACGAGAGACUUAAGCGUGCAAAAUAUUCGCCAGGGCGACCCUGCACGAGAUUGCCAGUUUGAGUUGAAUCCAACAUACGUAGUGGCCGACGCCUUUGCAACGUUUUAUCUCCCCCUGGUUAGGAUAUGCAAACUCUGCCCUAAACCCAGUACUUUACGCCACACUCAAUAG